AAACUCGUCAAAAUAUAUCAUCUGGCGAACACGUGAUUAUUCUAAAUCGGCAACUUGUCGGUUUCUCGGUCGUGUCGUUUCCGGUAAAGUCGCGAUUAACUAUUAACCUCGCUAUUAACGUAAGGCGUCAACGGCCACACGACACGACAACACGUUUUUUUGUUUUAUUCCAGAUCUUAUUUUACAGUGUGUUUUAAUAAUUACGUUGUUAUUGUUGUUAUUAGAUAACUAACUUACAGUGGAGUGGAACAUUUACGAGUGAUUUGUUUUGCAAAGAACGAAAAUGCAACGAGUAGACGAAAAUAAACUCAAAAUUUUUACGAUUCUACAAGAAUUGGGGAUGGAAAAUACUUUUCCAACUUAUCUUAGUGAUUUGUUAGCAUAUAAUGGUUACGCAAGUUAUGAAACGCUAAGCUUACUUGUAGAAAACGAUAUUACAAAAUUAGAAGAAUUUGCGCGACAAAUUUUACCAAGAUUAUUAUUAAAUGAAGAAAAAGUUGAAGAUAGAGACGAUAUUGAUGAAGAAAGAGGUAUCUUUGAGGAACCUGAAGAUCUUGGUGAUCUAAAUAUUCAAGAUUUCAGUGCCAAAUACAAUAAAAGCAAUCAAACAUUGCCUCGUAAUAUGCUCAAGAUUAAAGUAAAUGGAAAGGAGGUGGUAGUAAAGAAGUCAACACUUUGCUGGUUAUUUUCAAUCAAGACAAACCGUCUUUCUAGCGAUCGUUUGCUUCGAUUUCGUGGAAGCACUGCAUCUAGCAGUUUAAAUAAAAAAAAACAAACAAAGAGUACUUCAACAAAACGAAAGAAAAAGAGAAUCGCUAUUAGCGAAGCAGAGACAGACGAGGAAAGCGAUAGAUAUUCAGAAAAGAGUGAGUUAGAAAAUGAAAGCUUUGGCGAGGAAGAUGCCACCGACGAUACAACGCCAAUAAACACAAAAAUUGAUAUAAGCGCAGAAAACUAUUACGCCGUGUGUUAUCUUAGAUCAUGGUAUAUUGGCAGAGUACUAGAAAUAUUUAACGAUGAUACAUGUCAAAUUAAAUUUUUAAAAUGUGUUUUAGAUUCAUAUGUUUGGCCGAAAGACAAAGAUGAAGAUAUACAAAUUGUCGAAAAUAAAUUUAUUUUUUAUGGCCCCAUAUCAUUAUUGGGCAAUGAACCUUUUAUUUUACAACGGCACCAAAAAAUACAGAUUGAGAAGGAAUUUAAAAUCUCUCAAAAACUAUUAAAAGACUUUCUGUAAAUUGUAAGCGUGAUGUAUUGUUAACUUGUUCUUUUCAAAUAAAAAAGAAAAUAAUCUCUU